AUGAAUGAGAAGACCAUCGUGAAAAAUAACGAACUACAGGCGCUACGAGAUGAGGUGAAAGACUUACAUGUGAGAAACGAACGCCUCAAACAGAGUCAUGUGGACGAACUGGAGCAACUGCGGCAAAAUCACUUAAAUGAACUGGAAGAUCUUCGACUUCAGCUCGAUCAAAUGACAGUUGACAGCACUUUAAGCACGAGCUUAGUCGGUAAUGAGCUGCAGCAGUUGCAAGCUGAAAUUGGAGCUUUGACGAUUGAAAAAGAUCGUUUGGUCAAAGAACACACAGAUACGAUCGAGAAUUUGAAUUCCCAGGUUAAAGACAACAGGGCAGAACAAAGUCAAAAUGAGCAUCUCGAGUCUAGUGAUGAGGAAGUUGGUGAUAUGAACGAUCACAUUGAUGUCCCAAUACUGGAACUUGAUGAAGAUGAGAUACAGUACCCGAAUCUUCCUGCAGAAGACGAGGUAGAUCGAAGCUGUAGUAUUCAGGAUGAUUCUGGCUUGGAGCUGUCAAAUCCGAAUGAGUUAGAUACUCAAAGUGCUAAUUACGACGAGCACCUGCGAGCUCAAAUCUUGAGAUUAAAUGCAGAAGUCCAGCUGACUACUGAAAGUCUACUAAAAGAAAAGCGUGAGGCAUUGGAUGAAGUACAGCAUACACACAAAGUGGAGAUAUGUCGACUUGAAGCCAGCUUUAAUACACUUCAGGCUCAAAUUUCCGAGUUUGAGGCACGUUGUCAACGCCAGCAAA